UGAUUUUACCCAGGCGUGAGACCAGGGCUUACAAAAGCAGGGUGACUUCGCAAAGACAUCUGUCAGCACUGCGCACAGCAAGCGGGGGAUUACUCAGGUGGCCGAAACCAUCUGCGGGGAUGUUGGUCGCUUAUUAAUUUACUAUCCGUAUGCAACCCACCAAGGGGUCAGAUGUGACGCCCGUCUCUCAGUAUAUAAUGAGUGUUCCGCUGCUCACUACCUGCUCCGUCUUCCACUUCCUCGGCCCCGUUCAUCAUGGAUCAACAACGCCCCUCUUCUGCUCUCGAGACCGGAGACGGCGUCCGGUUGCACUAUAGCCAAACCGGGCCCAGUAGCGGGCAGCAGCUGCUCUUCCUCACGGGCUGGCGCCAGACGGCGGCGGAAUGGCGCAAACAGGUGGAAUUCUUCUCUUCGGCCGGCUUCCGGGUCACCACGUUCGACUGGCGCGGCCAUGGAGAGUCCGACAAGCCCGAGUUUGGCUAUCGCAUCAGCCGUUUUGCUGCCGACCUCAAUGACAUCCUGACGCGACUCGACCUGAGGGACCUGACCAUCAUCGGGCACUCUAUGGGAUGCUCCGUCACAUGGGCAUGGUGGGACCAGUACCCCGACGCUCGGGAGCGCAUCGCCAAGUUGGUCUUGGUCGAUCAGCCGGCUGCCUUGGUCCGGGAUCCGCACUGGACCGACACGCAAGCGGCGCAAGCCUCGGGCAUUUUCACUCCCGGCGCAGUGUAUGAUCUGGCUUCUGACAUGGCCGCUCAGGGCGCGCCGCUAGUGAGAAGCAUGUUCACCCCUUUGGUCUCCGAAAGCGACUACGAAUGGAUCCUCUCGCAGAACAGAAAGAUGAGCGACGCGCACGCAGCCGCCCUGUUCCUCGACCAUGCAUUCAGAGACUGGCGCGAUGUCUUCCCGCGCAUCACUGUCCCGACCUUGGUCCUGGGCGGAGAACUGAGCAUCGGCCCACCGGCGGAAAUGAAAUGGAUCGCAACGCAGAUUCCGGGCGCCCAGCACUAUAUCUUCACGGCUGCCGAGAAGGGAAGUCACUUCAUGUUUUGGGAGGAGCCCGAGAGGUUCAAUUCGGUGGUUAAGGACUUCCUUACACACUAAGGGCCGGCUUCUACUGCCAAAUGUUCUCGCCGGUUCGUAGAUAAGGUAGUGCAAACAGGGAGUGCGUGGAGGGGUACCCUGUAUGACAACCACUAAAUCAUAUCUACAAGGCCGGUGAUCGUCCAUCUUUAACUCCAUUCAUUUACACUAUCUCUCAACCACAUGAAUAGUUAUCGGAGGCAUGGCUCAGGCUUUCACUUACAUAUCGGCCGCUGGAGUAGGCCCCUGUCUUGUCCAUGUACAAUACAUGUACGUAUGUCAUACGUAUCCGUCGCCUUUGGCUCGACCAGGGCCUGCUAUGACUCCGGGUCUCUGACAUGUUCAGAAUACUACUAGUAAUCAUCGUAUGCUGCUCGCCUCGGAUGCUGACCCGAGCAGAGAUAUAGGGCCACAUAAUAUGCCGACCUGCCCGGAGUUUAGGAAUUGGCGCGACCUGUUAUCCCCGAGGAUCCGCGAGAUCGCAACGUAACUUGAAGCUAAGGUA